GAAAGACGCGUCUCGAAACUCAGCUGUAUGAGCCCAGUACCCACACGAUCCUCACCCCACCAAGUCAGGACAGGCAUGGACGAUCCCACCCUCAACGACCCCGGCUUCAACGAGCUCGUCGCGCUCGACCGCGGCUUCAAAUCCCUCCGUCUCGACGAACAGAUCCAAUCCGUGCUGAAAUUCAUCGAGUUUUUUCAGAAAUAUGAUUCGGCUAGUGUUGUUGGGCCUGGGUUUAUCAAGCUGGCGGAGUAUUGGCGGACGAGCAACAAUAUCGUCCGGCAAUACAUUUUCAAAGUCAUAAAGCACAGCACAGGGGCAUUGGUGCAUCUGAGCAACGCGGACGAUGUGUUGCGCCGAAUCGCGGUGCUGCUGACGAGUAAUGAUGUGCUUGCGAGGACUUUGACGCUUCGCGUUCUUGGAUACAUGGCUGUCAUCGCCGUCAACAACUUCGAGGUGCAUCACGGUAUCCGCCUCAUGCUGGACUCAAAGGACUCGAUGGAGGUGGAGGCCGCGCUGUUCGCCGCGGAGAAGCUAUCGUUCAAGUCGGAGGCGUUUUGCGUCAACCAUCUGCCAAAGUUGAGGAGUAUGGUGGAAGACAAAGGUCAGCCGACGGUGAUCAAGUUGAAAGUAAUCAGGGUGUUCAAGAAUAUGUAUCAUCACCCGGCCCUUGCAUCUGCGGCUAGAGACGCGUGCCUGCGUUACCUAAUCAGCGCUAAAGGGGAUGAGCCGGUUCUCACCACGCUGCGAACGCUGACGAUUCUCGCCGUUCGAUGCGUUUUUCAAAUCGGUGAACAGAUUGACCUGCUUCUCCGCUACCUGGAAGAAGCAACGAGGACCACUGUGCAGUACGGGAUUUGCUGCAAUCUUACGUUGAUAGCCAGAACGCAGUGUCACCACUUCACGCAGGAUCAGCACUUGCGUAUCCUCCGUUUCGCCGCGCAAACAGACUGCACGACAGUCCAAAAGCGGGCACUGACGACAUUAAAGCUCAUCUGGGAUCAAACAUCAGCGGAGUCGGUUCAAAGCCCGGACAUCGUGGACGCGCUGGAACCCGUCGUGCUCGCUCGGAACGCACUCUCGUUGGACGCUGCGCUGUUCCUUGAUAAGCUGAACCAUCCCGAAGGGGAGGUGCGUGGGGCGAAAAAGCUGCUUUCCGAGGCGAGACUUGCCAACAUCCUCAAGGGCCUAAUCGAGAAGCUCAUGACCAUGUCGCAGCAGAAAGACACCGAGAGGUUAGAACUCGUAAUGCGCAUCAUCGCCGGGUUGCCCAUAGGAAGAUUCUUAGAGGAAGUGUGGCGGGGAAUUCUUACGAUGCCUGGGUUGGGGAAUGCCGAAUUCGACACGAGCUUCAAUAUAGCGAUGGCUGCGGCGAGGCGACGUCCGCAUAGGCAUCUGACACCGAGAUUCAUGUUGACGACGGCGAAUGCGCAUAGAUCUAAGCUCAAACCUGCGACAUUGAGAACUGCAGUCGUUACCGCCUUCGAAUUGAUCACUGUCGCCGAUGGAUUUGAGGAUACCGCAGCAUUCACAAAGGAAGUAGGACCCUUACUACCGAUCAUCCAGGCAUCGCCCGAAGGCGCGUGGUACAGCUAUCAAAUCGCGAGAGCAGCGCUCAGCGCGGGCUUUCCGGAAGUCGGCUCAUCACUUAUACAACCCAUCGUCACGCAAGGGCAGUCCGAAUCCUCCCUCUUCUGGCUUACAAGCCUCCAAUCCAUCGCGGACGCAUUCUCCCACGUCCGAACCGCCCACACCUCCCCAACGCCACACGACGAACUGCAGGGCGCUAUUUCGGCUCUAUGGACAGCACACACGGGCAUACAGGCACUGGAAGGGUUCAGCCAAACACCUCGACGAUUCCAGCAAGAGUUCUUGUGCUUGCAUGCGGGGGUAUUGGAGACCACCGCGGCGGUAAUAGCCACCUUGACGCAGCAUGAGUCCCUGAUGAUCCCGCUUGGUGGGCAGGCGGGACGCGCAACGUGGGAUGCUCUGUCGACGCAGUUUGCGGGGCAUGCGGGUGGGUAUGAGGCUCUUGUUGGGCAUGUGCAUGCGCUUGUGAGACCUCCGAAUGGGGAUGGCGCGAGGAGGAAGCGACGACUGCCUACGCAUGAUGUGGCGGAAAUCACGUUGAGGUUAAUCGAUUGUCUUCAGCUGUUUUGUUUGUUGGUUGAGGAGAUCACCCGCCAUUUGGCCUUGGGGAGUACACCACGGGCCGAGGGGCAGGCUUGGUCUCGCUCUGCCGCGUCUAUUUUGAUGUAUGCGCCAGCUACGGAUGUCAGCGCCACCACCCCCACGACUCGCCGGCGGAAAUCGCCGUUUGCGCUACCAUCAGGAUUGCAGAAUUUGGUGCGGGAUCCGCAAAACGUCGUGCGACAGUCGCCAACGGACCUUCGCAAGCUGCUCCUUGAAGCCGUCGCCACAUGUGUGUGGGUGCCGGAAGCUUUCUUCUUUACUGAGCUGCCGACCGCUUGAAGCGUCCUCCGGCCAAUCUAGACAUCCAGCUCGUUUUAGUUUCUCUCUCCAAGUGCACGCGGCGUAAAGGUGGGAUGCAGACACCCAUUCAGAGAAGGAACUUGCCGCUGUCGGCCGGUUUCUAUAUAUAAAUGCUAUGGUGGUUUCCCCCGAGUUUACGGGGUGCCUCGGACAUACCGGCGGCUUCAACCGCUGGUUAAGAACUUCACCCGGUCGCCGCCGGUUUGCACUGUUUGGAUGUGAGGCAUGUAUAUGUAAUACCCCACAGUUAUUCAUAAUGACAUGCUCUGAGAUUG